AUGGCUACCAGAUACUUCUCCGCCUACGCCUCCAUGGCGGCCACUGUCAUGCUCUUCCGAUCGAUCGCCAACGACGCCAUCCCGCAGCCGGUCCGAUCCUUCUUUCUCUCCACCAUCGGCCCAUACCUCAGCCGCCUCCUCCGCCGACUUUUCCCUUCCCCCAACAAACCCGAACGCACGACCCUCGUCGUCGACGAAAAGGCCGGCCUCCUCCCAAACCAGAUCUACGAAUCCGCAGAGAUCUACCUCCAGACCAAACUCCGCCCGGACUCGGAUCGCCUCCGAGUCCACAAAACCGCCAAACAGAAAACCAUCACCCUCGGUCUUGUCCAGGACCUGCCGGUCCAGGACCGGUUCGCCGGCAUCGAUCUGACGUGGCAGUUUGUCCACGUGGAGCCGGACCGCUCAUCCGAGAACUACCGUCAGGAGAAGCGCUACUUCGAGCUCUCGUUCGACAAGUCAAACAAGGAGACCGUGGUCAACGACUACCUUCCUUUAGUCCUGCUUAGGGCCAAGGAGAUAAAGUCGAAGGAUCGAGCGGUGAGGCUGUACUCAACUCGCCACUACAUGGGCGGCAGCGAAGACGAGUGCGGCGCGGGCCGUUCCGGGAUGUGGGGUUACGUGAACCUUGACCACCCGGCCACUUUCGAGACCCUCGCCAUUGACCCGGACAUGAAGCGGGCCGUGAUCGAGGACCUUGACCGGUUCGUGAGGAGGAAGGAUUACUACAGAAGAGUAGGAAAGGCUUGGAAGAGGGGUUAUCUCCUGUACGGUCCCCCUGGGACUGGAAAAUCGAGCCUCGUGGCAGCCAUGGCUAACUACCUCAAGUUCGACGUGUAUGACAUCGAGCUUACGAGUGUUUACAACUCGGAUUUGAGAACGAUGCUACUUAACACAGGUAACCGGUCGAUUGUGGUGAUUGAGGAUAUCGACUGCAGUCGCCAGAUGCAUAAUAGAAACGGGCCGGGCCGUGCUGCCGGCCAAGGAUCACACGAGCAGCUGACUUUGUCGGGCCUACUGAACUUCAUAGACGGGCUUUGGUCGACUUGCGGUGAUGAGAGGAUAAUUAUUUUCACCACUAACCAUAAGGAAAAGAUCGACCCGGCACUUUUACGGCCCGGGCGAAUGGACAUGCACAUUAACAUGAGUUACUGCACGCCCCACGGUUUUGAUACCUUAGCGAAGAACUACUUGGGAGUAGAUGAGGAUCACCCGAUGUUUGGUGAGAUUAAGGAUUUGAUUGCAGAGAUUGAGAUAACUCCGGCUGAGGUGGCGGAGCAUUUGAUGAGGAACGAGGAUGCUGACAUGGCACUUGAAGGUGUGGUGGACUUGUUGAAGAAGAAGAGGGAUGAGAAGAUUAAUGGGAGAACAGAGGACAAUAAUAAAGCCAAUGAUGAUGGGGCUGAUCAUCAUGAGGAAAAUAAAACUGGAUAUGGACAUGAUGGCAUUGCAAAUGGAUAUGGACCUGGAUAUGGAUAUGGAUCUAGAUAUGGAUCUGGAUAUGGACUCGGAUAUGGAUCUGGAUAUGGACCUGGAUAUGGAUCUGGAUAUGGACUCGGAUAUGGAUCUGAAUAUGGAUCUGAAUAUGGAUAUAGUGAUGAAGAUGAAUAA